CACAACACUAAUAGAAAAAUAAAUAAAUAAAUAAUAAUAAAUAAAUAAACAAACAAACAAACCAAAAGCAUUAAGCACCUUUUGGGGAAUUUGCUGUCUUCCUUUUUCUAUAAAUCUAGUCGUACCUCUUCUUGCUCAGUGUAUCUCCGGCCAUGGCUGACGAGAAGGUGGCGCCUCCCGUCGACGACCGUAUGAAACCGCUCACACCCAACUACCUGAAGCUUGUCUUUCACCACGUCGUCUCCAACGCCCUCUUUCUCUGUAUCCCUCCACUCCUCGCGCUGCUUUUCCCUCACCUCUCCGCCACAAGCCUCGCCAGCUUCGCCUCGCCGCAGCUCAGCUCCCAUUCUACCGUCGCUGGAUCCACCCUCCUCGGCCUGGUCGUGGCGCUGUACAUGCUCCGCCGCCCGAAAGCAGUCUACCUGGUGGACUUCGCCUGCUUCAAGGGGAGCUCGGCGUACGUGGCGCCCCGCGUCACCAUCUUGGCGAAGUUCACCGGAGGCGGCACGUUCACCGAAGAGACGGUGGCGUUCCAGCGCAAGAUGCUGGAGCGGUCGGGGAUCUCCGACGAGGCAUAUAUCCCGGCUUCGCUGCUGUGCAACCCACCCGACAUGUGCUACCGGACGGCGCAGGAGGAGGCCGAGACCGUCAUAUUCAGCGCCGUCGACGAGUUGUUCCGCAACACUGGCGUGGCGGCGCGGGACGUCGGUGUCUUGGUCACCAACUGCAGCCUCCACAACCCGACGCCGACCUACGCCGACAUGAUCGUCCACCGCUACAAGAUGUCCUCUGACGUCAUCACCUACAACCUCUCCGGGAUGGGCUGCAGCGCCGGCUUGAUCGCCAUCGAUCUCGUUCGCCAGCUUCUUCAGGUGCAUCGAAACAGCUACGCGUUGGUGGUGAGCACCGAGAGCAUGACGCUGAACGCCUACUUGGGCAACAACCGUUCCAUGCUCGUCACCAACAGCCUCUUCCGCUUGGGCGGCGCCGCCAUCCUCCUCAGCAACCGCCUCCGAGACCGGCGCCGGUCAAAGUACCAGCUGAUCCACACCGUGCGCACCCACAAGGGCGCCGACGAUCGCAGCUACUCGUGUGUCACCCAGGAGGAGGACGCGGAGGGCAAGGUCGGCGUCGCUCUCUCCAAGGACCUCAUGGCCGUCGCCGGCAGCGCCCUCAAGGCCAACAUCUCCACCCUGGGCCCCAUCGUCCUCCCCCUCUCCGAGCAGCUCCUCUUCCUCACCUCCCUGGUCCUCAAGAAGGUCCUCAAGCUCGACCAUGUCAAGCAAUACCUGCCGGACUUCAAGCUCGCAUUCGAGCACUUCUGCAUCCACGCCGGCGGGCGCGCCGUGCUGGAGGAGCUGGAGAAGAGCCUGGGGCUGUCGCCGUGGGACAUGGAGCCGUCGAGGAUGACGCUCUACAGGUUCGGCAACACUUCGAGCAGCUCGCUGUGGUACGAGCUCGCCUACUGCGAGGCAAAGGCAAGGAUCAAAGCCGGCGACAGGGUGUGGCAGAUCGGCUUCGGCUCCGGGUUCAAGUGCAACAGUGCGGUGUGGAGAUCCCUGAGAGCGAUCAAAAGUGCCAAGAACAUGAGAAACAGUAAUCCCUGGUUGGAUGAGAUCGACAACUUCCCAGUUCAAGUGCCGAAACUAGUGCCACUUAUGCCAUAGAUUACCACUUUUCAUAUCUAUUGGAGCAUAUCGUUAUGUAUCGAGAUGUUUAAUUAUUAAGUUGGCUCACAAAGCAUAUGAAUGUUUAAUCUGUUUGAUCUCUUUGACGAAUUAUGGAUCGGAUUUCCAUCCAAUAUCUCAAAUAUAAUCAAUGUUGAUUCUUUGCA